AUGGCUGAAAGGUUAUUAAUAAGAGCACUGAAGGGUGGUAAAAACACUAAAAUCAUAACCUUAAAUGGAAAGAACAUAACAAAGAUGCCCUCUGUGUUAGAAAAACUGCCAGGCCUGAAGACACUGUACCUUCAGAAUAACCAAAUUUCCAAAGUGUGCCCAGAGAUAAGCAACUUGACCCAGUUGACAGCACUAAAUCUGGGAAACAACCUUUUAGAAGAAGUUCCACAAGAGAUGAAAUACCUUACAUCCCUGAAGAAGCUCCAUUUAUUUAGAAAUAAGAUACAUAGAUUUGCGCCUGGAGUAUGUGAUGGUUUACAAAGUUUGAUCCUGCUUAAUCUGAAUAACAAUCAGCUUACAUGGAUUCCUCAAGAAAUUAGCAGAUUAAAAAAUCUUAGAUGUUUGAGUAUAAAUCAUAACCAGCUAGCCAGCAUUCCUAGAGAACUUUGUUUCCUUGAGAAUCUUUCUGAACUUCAACUUAACUACAAUCAGCUUGUGUGCAUACCCAAAGAAAUUAAGUUCUUGAAGAAGCUCCAGAAGCUUCUUCUGGCCAGGAACAACAUUAAAUCUUUGCCAGAGGGACUUUGUGAUCUUUUCAACCUGAGAAUUCUAGAUGUAGCUGGAAAUGUUAUUCAGAUGUUUCCAUCAGGAUUUCAAGAUUUGAAGCUGAAGGAGUUCUACUGUGAGGGAAACCCACUGUUCCUGAAGUGGCAAGUUAGUGCUAUAAAACAGGAGGACGUCUGGAGUUUACAGGAAAUAACGUCAAGAUUUAUAAUGAAUCAGCUAGCAGAAAAGAAUCCUUUCCUAAUGAAAGCCAUAAAAUGGUACCCACAGGUCAGGAGCAUAAUCUCUCAGGGAAGAAAGUGUGCAAUAUGUGGGAAGUUCUUUUUAACCAUAUGGCUGGAAUGUGUUGAGUUUUUUCCUCCAUCAAAGAACUGGAAAAUAAGCAGAAAUCUACAGCUGGUACCUCUUCGAAUAUUAAUUUGUUCUUAUAAAUGUUUUUACCAACGUAACCAUAACAUCUUUGGGAUUGCUCAGAGGUAGAGCAGGUAAGAAGGUCAUUUAGAGCCUCACAUGACUUACCCAUCAGCUCUGCACACAUAGUCAGAUUAUGCCCGGCUUGUGAUACCCUGCUCUUUGUCAAUACAUUAAGUAAAGGAAGAAAAGAAAAGUAAAGGACCAAUUUAAGCACCACAGUCUACCUUUAGAUUGUUUAGACUCUUAAGUGUGCUGAAAAAUAAAAU